AUGGCUCCAUUGAUUUUGUACCAUUUUCCCGGAUCUCCGCCAUCGCGAUCGGCGCUGCUUGCUUUACGAAAUUUGGAUCUGGAUGCCGAGGUUAACAUAGUGAACCUUUUUGCCGGUGAACAUUUGGCGGAAGAAUUUAUCGCCAUCAAUCCCGAACACACGGUACCGACGCUCGUUGACGAGGACUACAUACUGUGGGAGUCGAAAGCGAUCGUAACGUAUCUGGCGGAGCAGUACAAGCCGGGCUGUUCACUCUACCCGAAUGAUCCGAAGAAACGUGGCCUCAUCAACCAUCGGUUGUAUUUCGAUUCGGGCACGUUGUUUACGGCGCUACGGGACAUGCUGAUGGCAGUGUUCCGGUCCGGGGCAACCGUCAUCACACAGGACAAAAAAGACAACGUGCAUAAGGCGUUGGACAAGCUGGAAACCUACCUGGAUGGGUGCAAUUGGUUGGCGGGAGACGAAUGCACUUUGGCUGAUCUGUGCGCACUGUCCAAUGUGGCCACGCUGAAGCACGUAGGCGUAGCGUUUGAUUCCUAUCCGAACGUUAGUGGAUGGUACGAGCGUUGCCAGGAAUUGCCCGGAUUCGACGAGAAUGAUGAGGGUGCCAGCUUCUUGGGCAAUGCCUUCAAGUCAAAGCUCGAGGAACCAUUUUAA